AUGGCUCGCCGCGAGUCGCUUUCGGAGAUUUUAGCUGCCAACCCGGAACUUUCGCUCAGCGGCAGUAUCAUAUCAGCUGCCUUCAACAUUCCGCAUGCACUAACCUACCGCAAAGGUGGUGACUGGGGACUCAAACCUCGCGGCGGUCAGUCUGCUCUCUUCGACUCUUUCGCCUACCUCUCCUCUUCCGCGAAUCCUUUCAAGCAUACUGUUGUCUCUUGGACGGGCGAAAUAGACUCUCCCCAAGGCCCCCUCGAACCCGAACCUCAACGACCCAGAUCUACAACUGUAGGCGUAUCCUCUCUCAACCCUCUAUCGGCCCCAAUUCCUGUUGACGGCAUUGCGCAACUUCCCACCCCGCCAUCGUCGGACGGUCUGUGGCUUCCCAAGGCCGACCAGGAGCGCCUAGAGCAUCAGUUGUCCAAUGAUAAGACGAUUCGAACUGUUCCUGUGUGGCUCGCCGAUGAAGAUGAAAUUACGCCAGACGGAAUCAUGCUACGGGACCAAGGCCGGUGGCGCCGCUAUGCUCAUCGUGACCUGUACAGCCUCUUUCACUACAAGCAGCAUGAGCCGAGUGACGGUCGUAAGGAGAAGAUCGAGUGGGCUGAUUAUUACCGAAUGAACCAAAAGUUCGCCGCAAAGAUUCUCGAGAUUUACAAGCCAGGCGACAUUGUCAUCAUCCACGAUUACUUCCUCAUGCUUCUCCCUAGCAUGCUUCGGCAAGCAGUGCCCAACAUGUACAUCUCGUUCUACUUGCAUUGUCCAUUUCCAAGCAGUGAAUUUCUACGCUGCCUUCCUCGCCGCAGAGAGGUUUUAGAAGGCAUCCUCGGCUCCAACUUGGUCGGAUUCCAGUCUUACAGCUACUCGCGCCAUUUUCUCAGCUGUUGCACUCGCAUUCUAGGCUUUCCAUCCGACACUCUCGGAGUUGACGCUUAUGGCAGUAGAGUUCAGGUCGGCGUCUUUCCGAUUGGUAUCGAUGCCGCAAAGGUGGAAAAGCUGGCCUGGGCAUCGUCUGUCGAUGAGAAGUAUGACGCUCUUAAGAAGAUGUACGCCGGGAAAAAGAUCAUCGUUGGCCGAGACCGCCUCGAUAGCGUUCGAGGAGUCGUCCAGAAACUCCAGGCUUUUGACCGUUUCCUCGAAAUGUACUCGGAGUGGCGGGAAAAAGUCGUCCUUAUCCAGGUCACGUCGCCCACCAACAAGGUUGCAGACAAGGAGGAUGGAGAGCACAAAACCUCGACACGUGUCAACGAGCUUGUCAUGCAGAUCAAUGGCAAGUACGGAAGCCUGGGCUUUUCGCCUGUACAGCACUACCCCCAAUACAUUAACCAAGAUGAAUAUUUUGCGCUGCUUCGAGCUGCUGACAUUGGUCUCAUUACCUCGGUGAGAGAUGGCAUGAACACAACAAGCCUGGAGUAUGUUGUCUGUCAAAAGGAUGGGCAUGGGCCGCUCAUACUGUCGGAGUUUAGCGGUACAGCUGCCAGUCUAAGCGAUGCCAUCCACAUCAAUCCUUGGGACCUUACCGAUGUCGCUGGGAAGAUCAACGGUGCGUUGACAAUGCCCGAUGAUGCGCGCUCCAAGAUGCAGAGCCGGCUAUACGAGCAUGUCACGACGCAGACUGUUCAGUCCUGGAUUACUAAAUUCAUCCGGAGAAUCCACAGCGUUCUCGGGGACAAAUCUAUUCAACAUUCCACGCCUCUCCUUGACCGUGCCCUGCUGCUAUCUCAAUAUCGCGCAGCUUCAAAGCGUAUUUUCAUGUUCGACUAUGACGGAACACUUACGCCUAUCGUGCGAGAGCCCAGCGCGGCGGUUCCAUCAGAGAAAUUGCUGGAAUCGCUCAAGAUUUUGGCUGCUGAGCCUCGUAAUUCUGUUUGGAUUAUCUCAGGUAGAGAUCAGGAGUUCCUCACUCAGCACUUGGGUCACAUUCCUGAGCUUGGCUUCUCUGCGGAGCAUGGGAGUUUUAUGAGAGACCCCGGCUCCCAAGAAUGGAUCAACUUAGCAGACAAGUUCGACAUGGGCUGGCAAAACGAGGUUAUUGAUGUCUUUCAAAAAUACACAGACAAGGUCACAGGCUCUUUUAUAGAGAGAAAGAGAUGCGCUAUCACGUGGCAUUAUCGUCUUGCCGACCCCGAGCAAGGCCUGCAUAUGUCACGAGUGGCUCACAAGGAGGUGGAAGAGACGGUGGCUAAGAAAUGGGACGUGGAGGUAAUGGCUGGUAAGGCGAACAUUGAGGUGCGGCCAACUUUCAUCAACAAGGGAGAGAUUGUGAAGCGUCUCAUCAGCCGUUACCAUAAUCCUGGCCUUGUUGCCGACGAAGGUGAUAAGAAUGCUGGCAGAAUCGAAUUUGCUCUUUGCUCAGGUGAUGACUUUACGGACGAAGACAUGUUUCGCAGCCUUAAUGGAGUUUCCGGCUCCGUGCUGGAUGCUGAUCACGUCUUCACUGUUACUGUCGGUCCGAGCACCAAGGUUACACUGGCUAGAUGGCACUUGCUUGAACCAGCAGAUGUUGUUGAUUGUGUCACGUUGCUCUCAGAACAAAGAGGCCACCUGGCGCUGGAACGGAUGGGCGAAGUGAAUCUAGCGGCAUUAAGCUCGGUUGAGGGGCACAUUCCUACAGCAUGA